AUGCUAGAAACACCUAUAGAUUGCCAAUUUAUGACUUUUGCCGCUUUUAACAAACAUUUCAAAUUGCAUGUGGGGAGACACUCUUGCUGCUACAAACAGAAGCUUCGUAAAGGCCUCUGGUCUCAUGAGGAAGACGAGAAGCUUUUGAAUUACAUCACCAAACAUGGCCAUGGAUGUUGGAGCUCCGUUCCAAAACUCGCUGGCCUUCAGAGGUGUGGCAAGAGCUGCAGAUUAAGGUGGAUUAAUUACCUUAGGCCANAUUUGAAGAGAGGGGCGUUCUCACAGCAGGAAGAGAACUCCAUAAUUGAACUUCAUGCAGUCCUUGGCAAUAGGUGGUNGCAGAUCGCUGCUCAGUUACCAGGAAGAACUGAUAAUGAGAUAAAGAAUCUAUGGAAUUCCUGUCUGAAGAAGAAGCUUAGGCAAAGAGGCAUUGACCCAAACACACAUCAACCCCUCUCUGAGGUUGAAAACAAACUCUCUUUGGUCUCAAUCUAA